GGCAUUGCAAGAGUUGUCUUCUCUUGAUUGUAUUCACUUCCGUUUUGACAAUGGCAUCUACGAAAGAAUGCAGACCUGUAUAACUGCAUAAAUGAUGUUUUUUCCAUUGGUUAACGAGAAAAAAACAUAACACGGUGACAGACCGAUGUAGAUAUGCACCAUGAGUUAUGGAUAAAGAUGUUACAAGACCUUCUGAGACUUAGGCGUUGACCACAUAUUGAAACAUGGAGGGUAAGGAGGAGCUACCACUUCCAGGCAUCUGGGUGAACGUCACCCCUGCAGAACAGGAGGCAGCAGGGGGACCACAUUCCCCAAGGGUGAAGUUCAUGAUCGGUGAUGACUUUGAAGAUAGACCUCGCAGUCCAGGUUGCUAUGAGCGAUCUGAUUCUGGUGACAGAAGGAUUGUGGUUGGGGUAUGUGCAAUGUCGAAGAAGGCAAUGUCUAAGCCAAUGAGGGAAAUUCUUCAAAGACUUGAACAUUUUGAGAGAAUACAGGUUCUGGUGUUCGAGGAAUCUGUAAUCUUGAAUGAUGCCAUUGAAGACUGGCCUAUCUGUGAUGCUCUUAUAUCUUUCUACUCACAUGGCUUCCCACUUAACAAGGCCAUUGCCUAUGAGAAGCUUAGAAAACCUUUUGUCAUCAAUGACUUAGAAAAACAGUAUUGUCUGAGGGAUAGGCGACAAGUUUACCAAAUUCUAGUCCAUGAAGGAAUUGCUCACCCAAGAUAUGCUGUCCUCAACAGAAAUGAAGAAAAAGCUAUCAGUCAAUAUGUACAGACUGAAGACUCAAUAGAGAUAGACGGUGUCUUGUUUCCCAAACCCUUUGUAGAGAAGCCUGUGGAUGCAGAAGACCACAACAUUCACAUCUAUUUCCCUAUGUCAGCAGGUGGAGGUAGCACACGUUUAUUUCGUAAGGUUCAUGACCGCAGUAGUGUGUACUCUGUUAUGAGUCGUGUCAGGUCUGCUGGUUCAUAUAUUUAUGAAGACUUCAUGCCGACAGAUGGCACUGAUGUGAAGGUAUACACAGUGGGUCCUGACUAUGCCCAUGCCGAGGCCAGGAAAUCCCCAGCACUGGAUGGGAAGGUGGAGCGGGACGUGGACGGGAAGGAGAUCAGAUACCCUGUUAUACUUAGUGCCAAAGAGAAGAUGAUUGCCAAGAAAGUUUGUCUAGCUUUCAAGCAAAAUGUAUGUGGGUUUGACUUGCUGAGAGCUAGUGGCCAGUCCUACGUGUGCGAUGUAAACGGUUUUAGUUUUGUGAAGACUUCCAGCAAAUACUAUGAUGACUGUGCCAAAAUACUUGGGACAAUGAUCAUGAGAGCCUUAGCCCCUCAGCUUCAGCUUCCAUGGGUGUUAGGGGCAGGGCCGGAAGACAUCCCAGUGGUGCCUACAACACAGGGACCCAUGAUGGAGCUACGAUGUGUAAGUGCAAUUAUUCGUCAUGGCGAUCGGACACCCAAACAGAAAAUGAAGAUGGAGGUCAAACAUAAAAAGUUCUUUGAACUGUUUGAAAAGUAUGGAGGGCUGAAGAAGGCUCACCUAAAGCUCAAGAAACCAAAGCAGCUUCAGGAAGUGCUUGACAUUGUCCGCCACCUCCUGAGUGAGAGCCAGUACAAAGUGGAUCCGGAAGUGGAGGAGAAGAAGGCCAAGCUACAACAGCUUAAACUUGUCUUAGAAAUGUAUGGACACUUUUCUGGAAUAAAUCGCAAAGUGCAGAUCAAAUACCAGCCUCAGGGUUGCCCUAAGAAGUCCUCCAGUGAAGAGGACUAUCCUUUAGAGAGUUUUGAGAAGUCGUCUGGUGAUCCAGCAUCAUUGCAGGUUGUGACUGGACAGUCAUGGAAUCCCGAUGAUGUGCCACGAGAUCCUUCCCUUCUGCUGAUUGUAAAGUGGGGAGGGGAGCUAACUCCUGCAGGGAAGAUUCAAGCAGAAGAUCUUGGAAAGGCUUUCCGUACUUUAUACCCCGGAGGUCAGGGUCAGUUUGAAUCUCCCGGGUUGGGCUUCUUGCGACUACACAGCACCUUCAGGCAUGACCUCAAGAUAUAUGCAUCGGAUGAAGGUCGAGUCCAGAUGACUGCAGCAGCUUUUGCCAAGGGUUUGCUGGCUCUUGAAGGGGAGUUAACUCCAAUCUUGAUCCAGAUGGUGAAGAGUGCCAACAAUAAUGGACUUCUGGACAGCGAGGGGAAGGAAUCCAAGUACCAGCUUGUAUGGAACAAUCACCAGGCUUUUGUCAAGGAAAAAUUGAAAGAUAUUUUUAAUGAAGACAAAGAUUUCACUGAAGAAGAUUAUGAGAAGCUGGCUCCAACAACCAGUAUAUCACUAAUCAAUGCCAUGAAGUUCGUCAAGAACCCUAGACAGAUGUGUGAACGAGUUCAUGAAAUGAUCCAUGAAAUAACGUCCAAAAUCAGAGCUCUCAAGGUGGAACUCAAGUCCAGGGACCUAAAGCUGUAUCAUGGAGAAUCAUGGGAGUUGCUAAUCCGAAGAUGGGCCAAGUUGGAAAAGGAUUACAAAACAAAGAUAGGGAGGUUUGACAUCAGCAAGAUCCCUGACAUAUAUGACUGCAUUAAGUAUGAUCUACAGCACAACCAGAAGACAUUGCAGUUUGAGAGAGCAGAGGAGCUGUUCAUGUGCUCCAAAGCUCUUGCUGACAUCAUUAUUCCCCAGGAAUAUGGUAUCACUGUGGAGGAGAAACUGCAUAUCGCCCAAAACUACUGCACGCCAUUGAUGCGGAAAAUACGUAGUGACUUGCUUCAGUGUCUCCACUCCAGUGACUCCACGAUGGAUGAUAAUGCCACAAGACUUGACUCAAGGUAUUCUAAAGGUGUUGCAUCUCCAGAGAGAUUUGUGCGGACACGCUUGUACUUCACCAGUGAGAGCCACAUACACUCACUGCUCACUAUGCUCAGAUAUGGAGGACUUUGUGAUCCAAAGAAAGAUGAGCAGUGGAAGAGGGCUAUGGACUUCCUCAGUGCAACAGCAGAGCUCAACUACAUGACUCAGAUUGUCUUAAUGAUGUUUGAGGACCCUAGCAAGGACCCCAACUCUGAUGAGCGCUUCCACAUGGAGCUCCACUUCAGUCCCGGUGCCUACACUUGCUGUGAUACCAGUCUGGCUCCUUCCUGUAGUAUGGGAUAUAGACCUAAUCCAAAAUCUGACAAGAAGGAGAAGGGCUUUGUAGAAGGUUCUAUCAAGGGCUCGGCAUCCUGGCAGAGUUACACUUUACCUCCUGACCCCUUCUUGAAGCCACGACUCUCACACUCGGAACAUCAAGCCACCAUUUUGGAGUCUCUGGAGAACAUGUACCUCCAACAGGAAUCGAAGCCGGAUGAGAUAAUAGAGUCAAACAUGCCAGAAUGGGACUGGGGGACUGAUGAUUCUACUGAGACAAAGGGAUCGAGUCCUGACACAGAUGAAGAAAAGCAAGUGUCUGAAACAAAGGCGUCUGAUGAGACCCUCUCUACAAACAGUGUCUCCAAACCCAUCGCCAUUUCAAGGAAUUCCUCCAGCAACAAGCUGAGUGGUAGUUGCCCAUCAGGAACAAAUGGUGGCCAGAGUUUGGAUGACAAGAAGAGUCGUAGCCUUGAUGAUAAGUCUAUUGACACUGUUAGAGACCCAGAAAAAAAGCGCAGCCGAAGUCUAGAGGACAAAAACUCUAAUGGUGAUAACACAUCUGAACCAGCAUAUGUACAACGUCACUACAAAACUGUCAACUUACCCCUGUCGUCUCGGCAACAUCAUUCCUUUUCCAGCCUUUUCUACCUCAGCACUGAUGUGUUUAAAGAUAUUGGCUUAUUAAGUACUAGUUUACUGUUGGGCUCAGCAAGCACGCCCGAUCUCAUGACCUAUCAACUCAACAAUGAUGGUGCUUUUGGUGGAUUUGGAAUGGUUCCAUCUCUACGGCCACUGGAGACUCUACACAACAACCUAACUUUCAAGGACAUGGAUGACUUUCUGGGUAUCGCAACCAACACCAAGUUUGUGACCCCGAUUGCAUCACCGCCAUACAGCAUGGUCGGCCCCCAAUCCACCCACCCCGCUGUCACCGCCUCUGGCUUGCCCCUCAAUGUCUCUAGAGUGGGACACAGUCUCCCUUCUUCCAGCAACUCCUCCGGUGGUCCGUCAUCCCCGACAACAAUGUCAACACCAGUUGACAUUAUGCAGAAGCUGAAGAUGUACAUUGACAGUCAGACAGAGAGCUUGAGAAUUGAAGCCGAAGCUGCCAAGGCUGCUGCUGCCGCAUCACAAAAUAAGAAAGAAGAUGUCAAAGAUGACCCUGAGAAUAUGUAGAAAUUGAAAUGACAAUAAUGUCUCCAUGACAGCACAUUAUUUGUGACAAAGAACUGUGCAAUGCUUUGGAACAUGUUGAAUCCAAGUAAGAUCGUAAGUUAUUCAUCAAAACAGGAAGCAUUUCCUGUUUCGCAUGAAAAAAUGAGAAGUGUUACUGUUUGCAUGAAGCAAGAACUCUGUCACCUGCCUACAGACUUAUUGUUGGUGAAUCGGUGCAGAAUAUACUUUCCCUUUAUCUACUAGUACACAUACCUCAAGGAAUAUUGAUCUCAAUGCUGACACUGAUAAUGUUUUCCCUAUAGCAAAACCACAUAGCUGUAGUUCUUUAUGGAAUAAAUGGUUGGGUAUUAUUGACUAUUUGUAUCCAAGAAAACAUCUUGAAGAUGCUGGUUAUACUGGAGAAGAAACUUUGUUUACCAGAAUUUAAGGACAUGGUUUGAUAUCUAUGUCAUAAUGACUAUAUGAUUUAUUGUACCAAUUGAGAAAUAUUCUUACUUGAAGAAGUUAAUCAACAGUUACAUCCAUUGCAUCCAUCAAAUCAUCCUUGAGACAAAUAAACAUCAAUUUGUGGUCACUACUACUAUAUAUGGCGUAGUAGGUUAGAUUCUAGUGUGAAAGAUGACUGUCACAAGUGUCAGUUUGCAGAGUGAUCUCUAUCCCCAACCUCACCAUACUAUAUUAAGUUGCAUAAUAGUUCACCAUGCUUACUACAGUACUCAGGGCCAACACAUGUAUAUAUUGUUAUCCACACUGUGGAUUUCAUCAUAUUGAUGAAAUCCAUGUAGAAUGAACUUUGUAUAUAGUAGUAAUGAGAUGUAUGAUUAUUGUGAUGAUUAUUUGUGUGUGUGAUAUAGAGUGCACAUGCAAAAUGGAAUGUGUUUAAAUCGAGGGGAAAAUACUUAUGUGAAGGUAUAAGAGUCAGUGUACAUUCAUUCUGGAAUAAAUCGGUUUUAUUGUUCAAGGGGGCUUAUGAGGGAUAUCCUGCAAUAGGGCAGCAGUCAGGGUGACCUCUAAUAUAUUUAAAGCCUCUUUUCUUGUGUACACAGGGACGCAACUUAAUUUAAGACAUCUACUAGCUACUAAGUGGUGAUAACAUAUUCUGACACCCAGUAGAAAGCCUGCAGUUCUUCUAUCCCUCGGGAUACUUUAGACAUUUUGCAGACUUAGGCAAGCUGGCUCGUGUCAAGUUCGCACCCCUGAUACAAUGUUAUCCUAAUAUCUGUUACUUGAUAAUACAAGUGCACUUUGUAUCAAGUAUGUCAAGGGCUUGUCUAUUAUGAAAUUCUUUGCCUGAAGGAUUGCAAGUCAGCAAUGGUCAGUGGACCGAAUUUUACAAAUACCUUUUCAAAUUGGAUUAUGCUAUAUAGAGGUCCCCUUAAAAACUUAGAUCAAUAGCAAUCAAACAAUUCCUGAUUGUACAUUUUUUAGUGUACAGAAUACAAAUAUAUGCCAUGACUUUGUGCAAAGAGUCCAUGAAAUUUGCAGUGCAAAGAGCUACCGGUAUGUCUCAGUGUUGUGUCGUCAGCUUUGUGAUCAACCUAGCAUGACAACAUGUUUUACAAACAUGUCUCCAUAUAUCGUCAGCCAUUAUGUCAUUUCUCAGUAAAUGUCUCAAGCUUAUUCAGACAUAUCUUUAACCAGUUGUGGUGUUGACAGCAGCCACUGAAUGACAUACUUUACCAAUUACUAUGGUGAGGUCUUUUGUUUGAUCUCAUUUCAUUCGCAUUGCGAUUAUGCAACAACCCCGGUACCAACAGUAUGACACUUUGUUUGCAUGAAGAAUUACAUUUAUACUGAUAUUGUAAAUGAAUUGCUCUUUGUGAUUGCCAUGAUAAGAAGUACCGGUAAUGUGUACAUAUGACUUAUUUUUGCACAGGAUAUUUUUGUGAGAGUGAAAAGCACAAGAUGUACAAAGUGUAUGAAGGUUGUUUUUGUUUGUUUGUAUAUAAUGGUUAUGAGAGUGCAUAUUGUUCAUGAUUUCAUGGAUGCGCUACAUCCUGUCUAAUGUUGAUUCAGACCACCAAAUGUGUAUUAAAUUCUUACCCAUAUGUCUGCGUUGAAUUGAAUCAGUUGAAUCGUGUAAUUUGAGAGACUUUACACUACUAUUGUGCAAGAAGUUUGAAUCCAACGAUUUAUGCUGACGUUUACUUAUUCAGAAAUAUAUUACAAGACUUUACAUCUUAGAUAUUAUUCAGAAUACCUGUUUAUUGUGAGAUGUAUUUGACCGUAUGAGUAGACUUGGAAUCUUCAUGUCUGCAAUAAUGAACUGUUUACUGAUUGAUUUAUGAUUUACCAACUUCAUUAUUGAUCUUCAGCAACCCAUGCUUGUCGUAAGAGGCGACUAAUGGGAUAGGGUGGUCAGACUCACUGUCUUGGUUGAUGCAUGUCAUCGUAACCCAAUUGUUGAGACUGAUGAUCAUGUGGUCAAUCACUGAAUUGUCUGCUCCACACCCGUACACACCCUUCAAAAUAUAUAGUUCUUCAUUUAUUGAAAAUUAUGAACCUGGUGAUGUGAAAUAUUUUCUUUGUGAUGUUCUGCCUGAAAUGUUUACCACAAUUGUACCACAUGUGUAUUCAUCAAGCUCAAUUCUGGAAGAAAAUGAAAAUCUAAACAUGGAAAGUCCAGUAUUCUCAUAUUUAAAAAAAAUAUACUUUCCAGUGAUGUGUUAUUUAGUUAUUUUUCAUUCCCUUGUUCCAGUAUAAUCCCUCCCAUGUUUGGUACAUUAAUAUAUUGUUUCCUUUUUGAUAUUGUGUUCAGCUCUUUUAUCUUUUUUUACUUUGUUAUAUCCGUAUCAUUGGCCAGGUUUGUAUUUUAUUGAUUUUUGAACAGCUUUUCAGUUUUCAGGCUGUUUGGAAGGAUUGUCUUCAACAGAUCAAUACCACUUUUAAGCAUACAACAUUGAAAUCGGGGAACUGUUGAUUUACAGAUUACAUCUUCUUAAAUAUUUUAAUGCAAAGUUUGUGUUUGACUGCUAGUACCCAUAAGUGAUUCAUUGAUUCGCAUUGAAAUGAUAAAGAAGUUCAAAUCCACAAGUCUAUCUUCACUGUUAUUACAGCUUCUGUGCCACUUAAAAGAUAGAUAUAACCAGUCUGUGCUAAGCACUUUUGAGUCUACUAUCCUGAACAAGGCUCUUAGUAUCAUUUUCAGUAUAUUUUAGUGUUAUUAUCUUGACUACUAUUGCAGAGCUUACUAGAUCGUAGAAACGUUUACGAGACCAGGCCUUGGACUAGUGGCUAAAGUCACAGACUGUAUAACCAAGAAAUCAUCUUUGGCUGCAUAACAAGUAAACUAGAGUCAGGAACAACAUAAGGAGAUUCUGGUCACUACAUUAUCACCUUUAGUGAUGGCACAGUGUUAUCACACAUGAAGCAAAGAGUCACUUGGAAGUAUUCAUGUUGGUACAUGUACAGGACAUGAUUUGACAGCAUAUAUGGGUGACUUUAUUAUGAUAAUAUGAGCACAGUUGUGUAUCCCUGUUCAGUUAGUGAAAAUGUGCAGACUGUUUUGUGAAAACAGUUUUGUUAUGUUUGGAAUAAAUUGUUUGAUGUGGA